AUGGCAAACUCGGUCGAUCUUCCAGAGGCGACUCCACGUUUGAUCCCAAUAAAUGUUUCUAAAACCAUAUUCGUUACAUAUCCAGCCCCACCUCUAAUUGUGGACUGGGUAAAUAAGAAAAUUACCCAACCAGGCUCACUCCUCAACAAAAAUACUCCAGAAGAUCCUGCUGAUAGUAUGAGCAAAAACAAAACUGAUGUGAAAACUCGCAGUAGUUCAAGAAGUGCCAAUGUGAAGUCGAAAAAAGCCAGCACUUCAGAUGAAUGCUUCGAAAGAACUUUCAUAAUAGAACAAGAUAAAUCGACCAAAACAGCUAACAUUAAUGGGAGAAAAAAGAUCAUCAGCACAACACACCAUCAUCAAUAUUUUCGAUCGAAAGAAAAAUCUUGCGUACGUAAAAAUCCGUCCAAGGCUGCAACCUCUUGCAAAGAAGAAACAAGUCAGAUUACUAACAAAUCGAAAAGACAAGUGACAAAAGUGAAAACCACUUCAACUUCUGAGUCAACUAAUCUAUCGAAAAAUAAAAGCCAAACAGAUACUGUUAAGACAACCAGGCGAACUGUCAAUAGGAAAACAUGUGCACCUAUAUCUUCAACCUUCGAAAUUGUUCCACUGGAGGACAACACUGAAAAAGAAGUUGUGAGGCUAACAAGCAGACGAACCUCUAAAAUGAAACCUAGUCUUUCGAACACUCGCGACAGAACUGUUGUUUCUGAGAAAGAAAGUAAGGAAAAUAAAGUUGUAAACUCAACAAGAAGAGGCUCUAGAAUGAAAACGUGUCUUCCAGCUUUUCCAUCAAGAGUUGUAGUUUCAUUGAAGAAUCAUGAUAACGGGAAAACCAUCAGUUCUACAGGAUUUAGAAGCUGUGCACUGGACAAGUCAUGCAAAACAGUUUCGUUGAACAGGAAUACUUCUGUUGAUAAUAGUGUCAAGCCAAAUAGAAGAGCACCCAGGAUGAAAACUUGUGUUCCUACCUUACCAUCGAGAACGAUCAUUCCGCUAAAAGGAUCUGAAGACUGCAAAACAAAGCCGAACAGCGUUGCUCCGAGAAUGAGGUCGUGCGUUGCCAGUGAACCAUCUGGAGUUGCCAUACAGAAUGAAGAUGGCUCGAGAAAGGCUAAUUUGAAGUCAAACAGGAUGAAAACUUGUGUUCCCGUUACUCCAUCUAGGAUUCUCGUUCCCAACGACAUUAAACAUGGUUCCAAAUAUAAAAAUGUGGUACCCAGGAUGAAAACGUGUAUCCCUAGCAUGUCAGCAAGAGUAGUCAUCCCAUUGAAAGACGAAGCGAAGAAUAAUCACCAACUAAACAGGGGAUCAUUGAGGAUGAAGUCUUGCAUUCCGAACGGCAAAGACAGAAUUGUUCUACCACACGGAACUCAAAGAAAGCCCAACUAA